UAUUGACAUAUUGUAUUUGCAAUAAACCUUAGAUUUUCCAUUUAUUAAAUGAGUAUUUAAAGAGAAUCCUUGAUAAACCCUUCUUUAAUCAGUACUGGCUCAACAAAUGAAAACUAAAAUAAAAAUGUCUUAAUCCAUAGAUUUUCUUUAUCAGAUAGUUUUUCAGAUUUGAAGAAAAUUUUGAAGUUGUCAAUAGACUAGACUAUUUUGAAGAUUGUGAAUAGGUUUUUAAUGCAGUCAUCUUUUUUAUGGGAAUGCUGAACCGUUACAAAUUUUGGCAACACUUAACCGAUGGGUAUCAUUUGUAUUCACCCUAAAUGUGACGACAUAAUACUAGUACUCAUAGAAUAAAUGGCAUUUUUGUAACUGAUGACAUUUUGUCGUAGAAAAUUGAAUAACAAAUAAUUCAAGUUUAUAAUGUGUUUAAUAUGUAUUAAUAUGUAUCAGAAUAUGUGAAUUGGAGUACCCUUUAACAUUUUCCGUACAUCACAGCAUGGGACUUACAAGAUUUUCAGGAUAUUAUUUAAAAGAUAUGUACUUCAAGCUCAAAACUAUAUUAUUACAUAAUUUAAAUUGUUUUGUUUUGUUCAAAAUGAAGGAAUAAACCGUGGCUUUAAUGUACUCAACAGCAGAUUGCAGUAAGUAAAAAAAUUAUAGAAGUUUUAUGAUUCAUAAUUUAACUUUGAAAAUGAGUGGGAUUUUUUUUAUGAACUACAAUGAAGUUUCCUCGAUUAUUGACACAAAAGCGUGAUCCUUUAGCUCGUCAGAAGAUUCGAUAUAUUUUAAACCAGCCUGUCCACAAACGUGCGAAAGUUGUACGUUUUAGUUUACCACAGAUUAAUGAUCCACAGAAAAAUAAACAGAGUCCUGAUGAUAUCAUACCCUUGCCAGAGAAAACCAGACGAUUUGAAGUAAAGAAAUUUGAAACACUUGACAAUGUACAUUAUGAGAAGAGAGAAGAAGAAACUAUACGACUAAGAUGGACAUCACGACUGGAGAAGGAAGCAGAAAACAUAUCCAAAGUUUUUAAUAGAUCAGAUACUAGUAAAGAAGAUGUUCUUAAAUUACCAAAACUUGUACAUUUGCACAAUAAAGACAGAAAUUGUCGAAAUUCCUGCAAUGUUUGUGAAGCAUCAAGGAUAAUUAGUGCAUCACCUGUAGACAAAGUUUUUCGUGAACAUAGAGAACACGGAAUAUCCUGUAAAUGUACUGUAUGUGAAACUGUCAACAAGAUCAGAGCUAUGCAAUCUCCUAGCCCAUCAGAAUCUGAGUUAGAUACUGGACGACUAUUAUCACAAAUGCAGAUCAACCAACAACUCAAUCUUCUCAGAAAUACGGGGAGUCUCACCCCAAUACAGAUGUACUCGCAUAGAAUGAUUCGUUUUAAACUAAUGCAGAACCACAGACGGCAGACUUUGCCGAUACGUUUACAGCCAACCAGUUCUUCCAGCACGCCAACAGUUCCAUAUUCAACUACAGAUAUAUUAUAUGGCAACGAGGUUCGAAACUCACCUCAGCUGGAUGAAAUUAGACAAAACAGUUUUAUUGAAUACAGCAAAGAUAAAGACCGUCUUAGUUCUAACAACCUAGUGGACUUUAAUAAUCGAAGACCGGCAAGUAAAAGUGGAACCAGAAAAUCAUUAUCUAUAGAAAAAGUGAAUUUUAAUAAAGAAAGUGAUGACAAUUUGAGACCUAUACUGCCAAGUCCAGGGAAAAACGGCAAUCAGUACCGACCUAAUGGUUUACGGAACGGUUUACUCAAGGGAGACCCCCUGUAUGGUUCAAGGGGAGUUGUAGUACCUUAUUAUGGUAGAGAGUCCGAUGAUUUAAUAGCCAUGGGGACAAUCUGGAGUCCAAAUACAGGAGCACAGAAAAACUCAGGUUCAAAUAGUGCCAAUGGAAUACAAAAUGUUACAGGCAAAAGUGUUUCCAUGGUGGCAUCUAACAGUUCAACCACAGUGGCACGCAAAAAUGUUAAACCAAUCAUGGUUCAGAAUUCUUCAUCACAUGGUCGGUCUAAUUUCAAAGAAGUUGAACCAAGAUAUACAGAUCCAGUUAUUGGUGCUCAACCCUCUUUUCAACAAAGACUAAUGGAGUUAAGUGCCCUUGAAUCAGAAACAAUUAGAUAUGAAAAAAGUAAAAAGGUGAAAAAGAAAGUUAGAGACAGAGACUCUUGAGGAUAACUUAUUGUUAAAUUAUUUCAAAUUAGUUCAUCUAUAUUAAAAGACAUAAUUUAAUAUUUAUCACGUUAACAAUCCCAGGGAUUUUUAACCAAAUAAAGACUGCUGAAUAAGCACAUCUGUGAUACAUGCGUACGUGGUGUCUGUGGCAGUGUGAAGAAGGGGAGAUUACUCCUGAUCAUAUCAAGACAAGAAUGUAUGUUGUUGGAGUUAUAUUUGAAUGAGUUCUCUAUAUAGAACUCAAGAUUUGACUUUAGUCUUUCAUAACAAAUAAAAAGACAUGUAUGCAUUGUUUAGAUAAAUCACAGAAAAAUUAUUUCAGUGUUUUAAUUUCAUGACUUGAGAUGCAUUUGCUACAAUUGAUUGAGAAUGGCAUGAGUGAAACCUAAAAUAAAUCUACAAUAUACAUGUAAUACAGUUUAAGAUUUCCUUGUAUGUCAAUUGAAAAAGUACUGAAAUUUUAAGUUUUGGCUGCUUUUUCUAUGGUUUUUUUCACCCACAGAUAUAGACCAUAUGCAAUAACCAACUAAUCAAUUCACCAAUGUGUUUUUCUGUAUGGACAACACCUCUUGUAUAGAUAUUUACUUAGUACGGACAUGCAAUUGAUAUUUCUAACAUGCAAAUAUUUGUCAAAAUUUAUUUUAAUAAAAAUUAUAUUAAAAAGACGAUACAGUUUAUACUUCAAACUGUAUCAAUUAUUUUAAUGCAAAAAUCACAUGAUUUUGUACUUAAUAAAUCCCUUAGCAGACAUGCAAAUUUAAAAUGAAUCAUUUUAAGAGUAUCUAUUUAUAUCUAAUCACUCUGCUUGUCAUCCAAAAUACAGAAAUGAUUAAUUACCAUCAACAGAACACAAUGUUAAAUCUUUUGUUAGGAUUUCCUCUAGCUUUGUUUACAUAGUACAUAAGAAAAAAAUUAAAUAAUAUAUAAAACUUUAUUUUAAAAAGAUUAUAAAUAGUCCAGUAGAUUCAUAUUACGAUAGGUUUUACAUUGAAAAACAUCACAAGUCUUCUUUUAAGAUUUGCAUUUCAGUAAUCUGAAUCAAUAUGGCUGCAAUCUGGGAACAUAAUGUUACCUAGAACAAUGAGAAAAUAAUUAUAUAAUCCUUCUAGGCCUGUUGAAAGAUUUCAGAUCUUUGUACCUGUUUUUAGACUAUAAUGCAUAGUAGACCAUGUAAUACAGGCUUCAUUGAGCCUUUUAGAUCUGAAGGAUAAAAAAGUGGACUGAUACCUCUUGCUAGCUGAAAGCUAAUGCUUGACACUGAUGAUAUACAGAUUCUAUAAGUAAUGCAUCAAGUCAAAUGACAAAAUUUUCAAUUGGAAAAAAAAAAUCCUAGUCCAGUUUUGGAUGAAAAAAUAUGUUAAAAAAGAUGUAUUUAUAUAAGAGAGGAUCUGCAUGGAGGAUGAAAGGUUUUAGUGGGACAACAAUCCAAGUCAAAUUGUUUUUUGAUGAAAUGGAUACAUUGUUUUUACCAUGCUAGUACAAAUGGAAUGUAUGAAUGCUUAUAAACUAUAUUUUAUGGGUGCUGAAUUGUCACUGGUCAUAUGAAAUCCAUUACUUUAUGAAUUAAUUAAUGCUUUUGUUGUUACUAUUUCAUUAGAUCUAAACAUACAUUCUAAACAAAAAACAUUUAAAUUACAGGAUGUUUUUAGUUAAUUUUUAUUAAUGACUUUUUUGCAUGUAAAAUUUCAUUGAAAUGCUUUACUGGGUAUGUCAUGUUAGAGUUAUUCCCCUUUUUAUACUUUUAUAUGUUCUUAUCAGUGCAUAUUUCAAAAAUCUUGUCAUACUAGGUUUUUUUUCAGUAGAAGAUUACAGAUAAUUUAUUCGGUUUCAUAUUAAGUGAAUCAUAUUUUUAUUAAGAAUUAAAUGUCUUUGGAAUUUAUUAUUUUUUUUCUUCAUUUUUUCAUUUUCUAAAUUUGGCUUUUCAAUUUUAUGAAUCUACAAGUUUAAAUUAUCAACACAUCUAGGUUUCUGUGAUUAACUGGAUAUAAAUAUGUAUAUUUAUAAAAACCAGUUUAUGACUAUCAACAGUAUUAUUUUGACUUAUAAGUUAUACAAUGUAACAAGGUACUUUACUUCAUUUGUGCUGAGACUAUUAUACUAACAUUAGUAACUAAUGUUAGUAUAAUAGUCCCAGAUUUGUGUAAAUUUACGUAUUCAUAGGAAAAUGUAUUGCUAGUUUCCAAUCUAUUGUUUUUAUUCAUAAUGGUAAGUUCAAAAAAUUUGAAGAAAAAAAAUUUGUAAGUUGUAAUUUUUUUAAUUUGUCAAAAAGUAUUGAAACAGACAGCAUUAUAAGGCAGAUCAUAUUUGUACAAAAGGAGUGUGCUGUCUAAUUUACACCACUGGAUAGUCAGAAGCAUAUGCAAAAAUAAUAGACAUAAAAUAAUUAAAUUCCAAGUUGAGUAACUUAGAAACAUUUUCAGCAAAAAAUCUGUUUAUUGAUAGUAUAAACUUAUCUAUUGGAAAGACAGGUAUUUUUUUUUAUGAAAUUCAAACAAAUGAGGAAACUAAAAACAUUAUUUACACAAUAGAUGUAUGUUAAAAGUUUCUUGUUACUUUUUGCUGUCCAUAUUUUGAUUGUUUCUAUUAGCAUUAUUGUUCAAACACUGUCCAUAUAUAUGAACAUUUAUUAUUUAACUGAAUCUACAUGAUUCAAAUAAAGCUUUUACCAAAUGUU